AUGAAUAAAAUUCUGCUGGACAGCGACGAGACACGCAAGUUUGUGAGGACGUCAAACUGUUCAAGUCAAACUGGUCAGUGUACACGCAAAGGAAUCAGACAGAACAAGAUGGAGAAGGGACAGGGAGGAUACUUCAGUUGGGCUUGGCCCCUACGGUGGCCUAAUACACCCAACCAACAGGGACCUGGGCAAGCCUCAAUUAACCAGCACCUUGGAAGGAAUCCUGGUAACCAGGGUGCAGAGGAACCCAAUUCUCAAACCACGCCCAUGUCUCCCACUCCCCCAGUCUGGAGACUGGUCCUGGCAGGCAGGAAGGGGGCUGGAAAGAGUGCCACAGGAAACACCAUACUUGGCGGACAGUAUUUCCGCUCAGAGCUCAGUUCAAGCCCAGUCACCAAGACAUGCCAGGCACAGACUGCCCACGUUCAAGGCCGGGAACUGCUUGUGGUGGACACCCCGGGUUUCUCCAAAGCAGAGCUAUCCCAGGGUGCCGUGCGAGAGGAAGUGAAGAGGUGCCAUGAGCUGUGUGCCCCAGACCCCCAUGUGGUGCUGUUGGUCAUUCCUCUGGGGCGCUUCACGGAGGGGGAGCGUGAGGCUGUGGAAGUGGCUGAGGAGCUCUUUGGUAACUACGUACCCAGUCGUACCAUACUGGUCUUCUCAAGGGCAGACGAGCUCCCAGAGGGAGUGUCCAUACAGGACUUUAUCGCCAGACAGGACGAAAGCAUCCAGGAGCUGGUGGCGCGGUUCGAUCACCGCUUCCUAGCCAUUGACAACCGAGUGAGUCUCAAAGACCUCACCGAAGAGCAAUGGCAGUGCAUUGACAAGAUCGAGAGCAAGUUUCAGGAGGGCAUCCAGCGUUACAUCGUUCUUGUCUUCACCUACGCAGACGAGCUGAACGGAACUUCAAUCGAAGAUUUUGUCAGGAAGGACCCGAAACUCAAUGAGCUUGUGAAGCGCUUUAACAGGCGCUAUGUGGGCUUCAACAAUAAGAAAACAAGCGACCCCAGUCAGGUCACCCAACUGCUGGAGACGAUUGAGGAGCUGGUCGCUAGCAACAGCUGCCAACACUACUCCAAUUACCUCACUCCCACUCCCCCAGUCUGGAGACUGGUCCUGGCAGGCAGGAAGGGGGCUGGAAAAAGUGCCACAGGAAACACCAUACUUGGCGGACAGUAUUUCCCCUCAGAACUCAGUUCAAGCCCAGUCACCAAGACAUGCCAGGCACAGACUGCCCACGUUCAAGGCCGGGAACUGCUUGUGGUGGACACCCCGGGUUUCUCCGAAGACAAGCUAUCCCAGGGUGCCGUGCGAGAGGAAGUGGAGAGGUGCCAUGAGCUGUGUGCCCCAGGCCUCCAUGUGGUGCUGCUGGUAAUUCCUCUGGGGCGCUUCACGGAGGGGGAGCGCGAGGCUGUGGAAGUGGCUGAGGAGCUCUUUGAUAACUACGUGCCCAGUCGUACCAUACUGGUCUUCUCAAGGGCAGACGAGCUCCCAGAGGGAGUGUCCAUACAGGACUUUAUCGCCAGACAGGACGAAAGCAUCAAGGAACUGGUGGCGCAGUUCGAUCACCGCUUCCUAGCCAUUGACAACCGAGGCAACGUAAACGUGAACCAGGUGACUUCGCUCUUGCACAUGGUAGAAAGCCUGUGCACUCUGCGGCUGGUUCUUCUGGGCAAAACGGGCACCGGCAAAAGUGCAACUGGAAACACCAUUCUUGGCAAGGAGAGCUUCUCUUCUGGGUCCAGCAUGACGUCUGUGACUCAAAAGUGCGAGAGCAAGAGUGGUGUUGUGCAUGGACGAAGUGUUGUCGUGGUAGACACCCCUGGCCUGUUCGACACCUCUCUCCCACAGGAAACGGUUGAGCAAGAGGUGGUCCGGUGCCUUACCUUCUGUCUCCCCGGUCCUCAUGCUGUGUUGUUAACAGUGAGUCUCAAAGACCUCACCAAAGAGCAAUGGAAGUGCAUCGACAAGAUCAAGAGUGAGUUCCAGGAAGGCAUCCAGCGUUACAUCGUUCUUGUCUUCACCUACGCAGACGAGCUGAAUGGAACUCCACUUGAAGACUUUGUCAGGAAAGACCGGAAACUCAAUAAGCUUGUGAAGCGCUUUAACGGGCGCUAUGUGGGCUUCAACAAUAAGAAAGCAAGCGACCCCAGUCAGGUCACCCGACUGCUGGAGACGAUAGAGGAGCUGGUCGCUAGCAACAGCUGCCAACACUACUCCGAUAACCUCACUCGGGCGAUAGAUAAGGCUGUGAAGGAGCCUAAAUUUUAUAGCUGGUGUCGCGACCAUCCUUAUAUUACAGCUUUUAUAGGAGUGUCCACAAUUGGGUUGGGAGUAGGUGUGCCUGUUGCCAUGGGUGCUUUUGCCUCUGCAGCAGUUGUAGAAGUCGGAUUAGGAGCACAGAUAUUGGCAUUUCUUGCUGCACAGGACGUGGCCCUAAGUGCCAUUAUGGCAAAGCUGGUCGCUGAUGGGGUGCUGGCUGGUGGAGGGGCGGCUGCUGCAGGGACGGCUGCUGCUUUAGGCUGCUGCAUUCAGUAG